CAAUCCAGGAAAGCCAAACCAGUUUCCCGGAUGUUCCUUCCCCUUUAAAAAAAAAAGACUUUGAAGGACUCCAGGCCUCUCUAAAGACUCCCGAUCUGGCAUCUCCACCCUCCUUUUUUGCCAUGCCGCGGCAACGAGGGGAGAGAUGGAACCACCAGGAGACCGUGGUCUUCCUCAGCCUCUUUGGGGAGCUGGAUGUGCAGAAGCAACUGAAAGCCUGCCACCGGAAUCAAGCCAUCUACGAAGAGCUUGCUGACCGAAUGGCUGAGUUCGGCUACAAUCGCAGUGCGGCUCAGCUGCGGACCAAAGCAAAAGAUUUAAAGCGGCAGUACAGGGACAUUAAGAAGGACAAUGGCCAGAUCAGUCAGGACGACUCCUUCUGGCACUACUACCAUUUCCUGGAAGAUAUUUGCCAAGAUGAGAAUGAUGCGGAACCAGAGCCGGCUGCCUCCCCAGUCUCUGCCGUUAAGAAGAGUAAAAGGCAUACCGAGGAACUGAAAAGUUUGCCACAAUCUACAGAGCAAUCAUUGUCUGACCAGACCCAGGAGCCUGAGCUACCCUACAGUAGCUCUAGAGCCUCACAAAGACUUUCAGAGGAUUCUCUUGGCACUUCUGGCUCAGGGUCCCCCGCCACCAAAGCAUUACCAAGAAAACGGCAGCGUCCUGCAUCCAAUGCAACAAUUCAUCUUGCCAAGAUAAGAGCCAGGAAGGGUCGUUCAGUGACACAAUUUUCCAAAACUUUCUUGCGGUUAAGUAAAAACAUGGAUCAAUUCCAGCAGUCCUUUCAAAACUACAUGGGUUUUGAAAUGCAAGAGAGAGAGAAAGUUCAAAAAGAGGGUUCUAGAACUAGGAAGGAAAUAAGAUCCGCUGCCAGUCAAAUGCGGGAAGCCAUUCUGGUCCAGGCCGAAGCCAUUAGCAAAGUUGCAGAUGCAAUAAACAGGUACAAUGAUCUUCUUGAAUGCUUUGUCUCAGAACCAAAUUCACAGCGAGGAGGGAAGGACGUCUUUCAAGAUGGUGAAGGGGCAUCCAAACAAGAGAGAAAUUCUUUGUCCCGUGGAUCCGCUAGGCGGGACUCAUUUUCUGGAAGUAGCCCCAGUUUCUCUAGUGAAAAUUCAUUUGAUGGAAUUAUGGGAUAAUGAGAAAUUGCAUCCAAAAUUGAGUGGUCAUUUCCCACCCCUGCCCUGGUUCCCUUUCAGGAUUUCCAUACCUUUAACUAGAAUUCAACACAUGCAGGGAAUGUGCUUUCUUAUAUUCCCAGAUAACAUGCUGCUGUUAAAGCGUAGGAUCCUGCUGAUGAAAAUUAAUCUUUUAAAAAAUGUUAUUUCUCAAAAUGAUACAUGUACACAAAUUGUAAAACAUACUGUGGUUUGAAGAUGUUACUGAGAAUUCCUACUUUCUUGUAUUACGCCUCUCUUUUUACCUUUCAACAGUCCAAAAUGGAAUUUUCCUUGGAAAUGCUUUGAGGGUUUUUUCAAUGACUUGGACAAAAUCCACUACAGCUAGAAGCCAUACGGCUAUCCUUGAAUGGUGAUUUUAAUGUUUAUUCUUGUAAAUGCAAAAAAUCUUGUUUACAUUAAAAUUCGUUUGCCUUUAA